AGAAGGAGCUCGGCCGCCAUUUUUUUUCCCCCGAACAGAAUUUAGCAGCAGCAAAAGGCAGCAGGAGCAGCGCCACCGUCGCGGCUGUUGCUGCCCGGGCGGAAGGUGGGGGAACCGAAAGCAAAGGGGGAGCGGCGAUUCCAGCAAAAAAAAAGGGGGCGAAGGCGGGGAGGAGGAAGCCGCGCAGGCAUUAUUGCACGCCGUGCCCCACUUUGAAGAAGAGCGAGCGAGCGAGAGAGAGAGACCCUCCUUUGCAGUAGGAGGAGGCACCGCAGCAGCAGCAGCCGCCGCCGCUGGGGGGAGGAAAACAGGAGCGCCUCUCCCCCCCCCCCCACCCCGCUUCUUCUCCUUCUCCCUUCUCCCGGGUGUGUGGUGUGGCGGCGGUUGCAAAAGAGGAGCCCCAGCCUCCCCCCUCCCGCGAUCCUUUCCUUCCCCAGCCCUUUUCCUGCCCGCCCGCCCUCCUUGCCUGCAGAAGAGCAGGGAGCAGGCGGGCAGGGAAAGGGGGAGCCGGGGCUGGGAGGAAGGAGGAGGAGGAGGGGAGAGAAAAAAGGGGGCAGAGGAGAGGAAAAAAACAGCCGCGGCAGAAAAAAGGAAAAAAAAGAGCACGGGGGCAGCAGCGGAGGAGGAGGCGGCGGCGGCGGAGAAGAAGAGGGGACUCGGCUUCCUGGCCGUGUUUGCAAACGGCGCCCUUUUAAUAUUUUUUUUUAAUAUAUAUUUUGUGUGUGUGUGCACCGGGCCGGAUCCGCCCGGACUCUGCUCCAUCACGUGGCUGCCCUCUGGCGAGGCAGUGGAAAACAGCAGAGCUGGCCUCUGCAACGGGAGAGGUUGGACUUCCCAUCUCUCGGUGCUGAAUGGCUACUAUGGCGCCCGCUCUCACUGACGCAGCAGCUGAAGCUCACCACAUCCGGUUCAAACUGGCUCCCCCAUCCUCCGCCCUGUCUCCUGGCAGUGCCGAGAACAACGGCAACGCCAACAACAUACUCGUCACCGCCAACGGCACCAAAAGGAAAGCCGAGGAUUCCAGCCUAGAUUUUCGAAAUAACCCUACCAAGGAAGAGCUGGGAAAGUUGCAACCCCUGGUGGCAUCCUACCUCUGUUCGGAUGUAACAUCUGUUCCUCCAAAGGAGUCUUUGAAACUUCAAGGGGUCUUCAACAAACAGACAGUCCUCAAGUCUCACCCUUUGUUGUCUCAGUCCUUCUUGAAAACUAGUGACCUGUUGGGGAGGCAACCAGUGUUGGAGUUUUCCUUGGAAAACCUAAAAACCAUGAAUACGAGUAAUCAGACACCUCUGCCGCAAGCACCUGUCAAUGGGUUGGCUAAAAAGUUAGCUAAGAGUAACAGUACUGAUCAUGAAAACCCUGCUUCGCUUAAUGGUGGGAAGCGUGCUGUCCCUUCUACCACCCUCCAGGAUGUUGAUUCUAAUAGGCCGGGGGGUUCUGAUUUGGGGGACCUGAAAUCAGGUUUGACCAAUUGCACUCUUCCGCACAGAAACCUUGACGUGGAGCAUACAGCUCUACUUAGCAAUAAUGGCACUGCAAAUAAAUGUACCCUAAACUCCCCAGAACAUGGAUUCGAAGGGGGCAGUGGAGAGAACAGGUUGUUGACGUUGUCCGGUGUGUCUGCUCCUUCUGACCUUGGGGGCAGCAAACCUGAAGAGAAGAUCUCUCUGCCAAACAACUCCUUCAGUACCCUGGAUUCGGAUAUGAGGACAAAGGUGUUGCUGCGGCGGCAGGUGGACAUUGAAAACCGUGCUCGCAGGCUACAAAAGCGCUUGCAGGUGGUGCAGGCCAAGCAGGUGGAACGGCAUAUCCAGCAACAGCUGGGUGGCUUCUUGGAGAAGACUCUGAGCAAGUUGCCGGCUUUGGACUCUUUGAGACACCGGAGCCAGCUGAUGCUGACACGCAAGGCAGAAGCCGCUUUGAGGAAAGCGGCGAGCGAGACGAGUACUUCCGAAGGACUGAGCAGCUUCCUAAAAAGUGACUCUAUCUCAGAGGAGCUGGAGAGGUUUACUGCCAGUGGGAUGGCUAAUAUGCGAUCCUGUGAGCAAGCGUUUGACUCUGACGUGACAGACAGCAGCUCGGGUGGGGAGUCGGAUAUUGAAGAGGAGGAACUGACCAAAGCAGACGCUGACCAGCACCAUAUACCACUGAGGCGGCGGUCAGAAUGGCGAUGGGCAGCAGACAGAGCAGCCAUUGUGAGUCGCUGGAACUGGCUUCAGGCGCACGUCUCGGAUCUGGAAUACCGAAUCCGGCAGCAAACAGAUAUUUACAAGCAGAUUCGAGCGAACAAGGGCCUGAUACUCCUGGGCGAGACUCCUCCCUCUGAACCCACCUUAGGUGACUCAUCCCACCCCCUCAGUGCUGAUGUCAAGCUGGAGCCUGGGAUUGAGAGACUGGGCACUUCAGUCUCUCAGCCACCUGAGAACUUCUGUACGUCUGUUGGCAAUACCCAAGAGUCCCUACCUGCCAAAACCUGCGGAGUGCCGAGGCCAGUCAACGGCGUCAUAAACACUCUGCAGCCCAGCUUGACAGAGCAUACUCAGGGAGAUGGCUCAGAUGCGGAGGAGUUGCUGCGUAAAAAACAGAGGCUAAACCUAGUCUCUUUGCCUCCGGAUGGAACCUGUGUAGCAGCCCGCACCCGCCCUGUCCUCAGCUGCAAGAAACGGCGGCUGGUUCGGCCCAGCACCCUGGUACCGCUCUCCAAAAAGGUUCAUCGCAAUAGCAUGGGGCGGUGCAGCUGUGACGUGAACCCCUUAUGUGCUCUCUGUGGCACUCGCAGCUCGGCGCCUCCAGAAAUCCAGUACGAAGCCCCUUUGAUGGAACGUCUUUCACAGUUGGAUUCCUGCAUCCACCCGGUUCUCUCAUUCCCAGAUGAUGUACCGAUGAGUUUGCAUUUCCAGAGCAUGCUGAAAUCCCAGCUGCAGAACAAGCCUUGUGAGAAAAUCAAACCUCCCAAAAAGCUCACCCUGAAGCACCGACCCACCAUGCCUUCUAGCAGUCUGUCUGACCCAGUGCGCAAGGACCGCCACAAGCUAGUGAAUACUUUCUUAGCCGCAGCCACUUGCUCCCAUCACAAAACCGAGCCAGACAAGGCACACAGGCAGUCCUUAGACGAUCUAAGGGCCACUCCCAACAAGGCCGAGAGAGCGCCAGAGCGCUCGCUUAUCCUGACUUCAGUUCAUGAGAGAAAGAGAUUACGGGACAGCUCCUCCGAGAGAAGCGAAGUGUUGAAGCACCAUGCGGAUAUCGGAGGCCCAAGCUACCUGUCAGGCACUAUGGCCUCAUCGGCUCACAGUCCCAUUAUGCGGCAGCUGUCCACCGCCUCGGAAAACCUCCUGCCGCCUCCUGCCAGCGCGAGCUCCCUGGGUGCCUCCAGUGCAUCUCAGCAGCCACGGAGGAGGAGAGGGGAAAGCUCUUUCGACAUUAAUAACAUUGUCAUCCCUAUGUCUGUCGCUGCAACCACGCGUGUAGAAAAGCUGCAGUACAAGGAAAUCCUUACGCCAAGCUGGCGUGUUGUGGAUAUCGGUGCUGUGAAGGUGAACCCAGAUGAAGAUAAUGAAGAGAUAGAGGACCUGUCGGAUGCCGCCUUUGCCACUCUCCACGCCAAGUGUGAGGAGAUGGAGCGGGCCAGGUGGCUGUGGAGCACAAGUAUGCCACCUCAGCGGCGGGGCAGCAGGUCCUACAGAUCAGCAGAUGGACGGACAACCCCACAGAUGGGGAACCCCUCUACCCCGCAGCCAGCCUCCCCUGAAGUUGGCAACGGCCACGCCCACUCUGACUUCUCCCACACCCAUUCUCCACGUAGUCCCAUCAGCCCUGACCUGUUCUCUGGCCCCCACACCCCUCUGUCCCGGGACUCCAUGCGGCACCUAUCUUCAGAGGACACGCGCUGUUCCACCCCGGAAUCUGGCCUUGAUGAACAGACUGUACAACCCUGGGAGCGGCGCAGCUUCCCCCUGUCCUACAACCCCAAGACAGAGUGCGAGGACCCGCCAGACCCACCGGACCGGUCCUCACGCAGCACACGGCGCACAUCGGGCAGCAAGCCCCCCCGAGAGACAGACGGAGCACCCACCUCACCCACCCUCGCUAGCUUGAAGAGCCGGAACCCGGGGCCAGUGACCACAAUCCAGCGGCCGGCCCACAGAUAAGAGACGGACGGGAAGAUGAAAGCAAAAAGCAAUCCACCAAACUAACUCUUGGCAUUAAAGCUUCCGAAAUCUGCGUUUGAUAUUCAAACAUCCUGCUGCGAAUUUUCACAGUUUUUAGUGAAUUUAAGGAGUUUAGAAACUUUUUUUUUUCUCUCUCCCCCCCCCUUUCUUUCUCUUUCAGUGUUUCCUUGUCACAGACGCCUUCUCCAGUUCUCUAUGGUCUAGUGAGGAGAGCAAACGUGUUCCACCCCCCCCCCUCGCUUAGGUGUGUCCUAGAGCCAAGGGUGAAGCUAUUCCCUUCCCCCUUUUGGUGGGGGGGUCAUUCAGCGUCUGUUCUCCUUACUUGCCACCCACCACUGUCCUUUCCUCUCCCUUAAGAUUUUAGUGGAGUGAAAUUAGUGGUGAAAAGUGAUGUCUGAAUUCCACCUUCCUCACAAAAUGUUCCACUAGCACCAGAAAGCACCCGCAGUGCAAAUUCUCUAGUUGUUUGGUUCCCAAAGCUAUAUUCAAAAGGGACGGCUUCUUCCCACUCUUGAGGCCCUUUCUCUCCACUUACCGGCUUUAAUCCUCUCCGCUGCUUUUGAUACCAUUUGUCCAUCUUCAAGAGGAAAAGGUAAAUUUCCCUUCAGCCCCCCCCCCCCUUCCCCAAGUUACAAUUUCAGGCAUCAGUUUUCUUCAGAUCCUUUUGUGGUUUUUUGGGAAGAGGGGUAACGUCAUAACAUUGAAAACGGGGUCCAACAUUUCAAAAGGAGCAAUUUCUUUUGUCAGAUGUGACUUGUAAUCCCCCCCACCUUCCUUUCAUUGUGCUGUUAACGAUUAACCUUUCAAUUUUGCCCUCUGCUGUUAGUUUUAAAAGUUGGAGUUGGUUAUAGGUCUGCUGCUACUGAAUUGCCAUACAGUAGUGUUAAGCCUUAAAUAGUGGGAGGAAUGUCACAGGUUCAACCACUUGCCACCCUAGACCCAUAAGCCAUAUUUUAGUUAAGAGUGGUCUAAUCUCACUGUGUUCUCCACCCCUACCGCCCUGCUCAAGUAGUCUGUUGCUUCACAAUGGCGCCCUCAGUUUGACGAUCCAUCCAUCCCCGGAGUACCUAAAACGUUUGGGUUUUGGGCAGAGCAAGACAAGGACUUUGUUUUUCACCACUAUUGCUUGACUCCACCUCUACACACACACCUGUUUGAAUGCAAAGCUGCUUGUCAGGUUCUUUCCCUCCUUUUCUGAGCGUUUUUUCGGGCUGACUUUGUCACCAAGUUCAACAGGCUCUUCCUCCUCCUUUUAAUUAUUAUUAUUAUUUAAAGAGGCCACUGCCACCCCACCCCCCCCCCCCCCGCGACUCCCACCUUCUGCACACCGGCCAAGCUGCAACGUGUGUUCCUGACCCUGGUGGUGUGGCUACUAGGCCCUGUCCUGUCGUUAGCAUUGCGCCUGUCUUCUGUAUUAAUCACAUCACCAAAAAAAAGGGGGGGGAAAGACAUUUUUCCCCCAUUUUGUAAUCGUAAUGAAUAGUAGCUAAACUGCUUAAUGGUUGGGGUUUUUUCACAAUUUUCAACAUGACCUAAUUUUUUUUUUUUUUGGUUCUGUUCUAGUUUUAAUUUCUUUUAAAAAGAGGAAAAAAAACACACCCAAUGCUACCAUAUCCCUCUGCAUUAAGUGCUUUUUCUAUUUAUAAAGUUGAAAAUUCUGAAUAACCCUCUUAGCGUUAUAAAGGAAAAAAAAACCCACAAAAAAACUUGUAUUUUGUAAAUAUUUCUUUUCCUGCUUCAAGCUGUGUAAUGUCCUUGUUAUAUAGAAAUGCUUUUCUUCAGAGAAGCUGAUCUUUGUUUAAUGUCUUGAUUCUGUUGGCCAAAGCACAGAUGUGUGCUUAUAAAAAAAAAAGGGAAAAAAAAGGAUUAAAAAAAAUUAAAAAGUUAAGAAA